UAAAUAAUAUUUAAAACUUAACAAUACAUGUGCUUCCAGGUAAACAUCGGUUCAUUGGAGCUAUCCGCUAAUCACAAUAUACGCCAAUACGUUGACGUUUGCAACGAACACGACAAGGGCACAAAAUUAAAAGAUCUACUUUCUCAUAUCUAUGAUCAAUCUCAUGCUCCUGGAAAAAUCAUUAUAUUUGUAGCCACAAAAAAGAAAGUUGACGAAUUGUCCAGAUUCAUAAAUGGCUUUGGGGUGCGGGUAGGCUCAAUACAUGGCGAUAAAUCACAAGUUGAUCGUGACAAUGUGUUGACCGAGUUCCGCAGCGGUCGCUCGAAUAUUCUUGUUGCAACAGACGUGGCUGCGCGUGGUUUGGAUGUGGAUGGUAUCAAGUAUGUGAUUAAUUUUGAUUUUCCACAGUCGUCCGAGGAUUAUAUACAUCGAAUCGGUCGUACUGGGCGGAAACAUACCUCAGGAACAUCGUAUGCAUUUUUCACACGUAAGAACGCCAAGUGUGCACGUGCUUUGAUAGACAUACUGCGCGAAGCCAACCAAAAUGUAAAUCCAGAAUUAGAAUACAUGGCGCGCAGUGCCGGCACUGGCGGUGGUCGCAGUCGUGGGGGCCGAGGAAGUGGCGGUGGCGGCGGCGGCGGUGGUAGCAGCAUGGGACCUAAUAGACGUGGUGGUGGUGGUGGGGGAGGUCGCGCUUUUCAUUCGGGUGGUAUGGGAGGAAAUUCAGGUCCUGGAUAUGGUAACGGUUAUCGUGGUAAUGCUCUGAUGGGAGGCAACAGCGGUGGCGGUGGUGGAUAUGGCAGUAGUAGUGGCGUUGGUGGCGGUUUCCCGAACGGUGGCCUGUCUUCUGGUGGCUCUAGAUCGCGGAACUACAACUCUCGACACUAAAACACACACUCGUCGCGAAAUUUUGUGUAAGCAUGGAGAAACUUACCAACUGUAAGAGUUGGUUUUACAUAAAGAAAUAAUAUGUAUGAAAAGAAUUCCCUUUAAGUUUGUUCGCAACGUUUCAUAAGUCAAACAAUCUGAAAUUGACGUUGGAGCAAUGCAGCACUUCUUUUGAGACACGGUGAUCAAAUCAAGAAAAACAAGAAAGCAUGUAUAUUCAUAUGUAUGUGUUAGGCUCGGUCUUCAUACUUGAAUUGUAAACACUCGCUUUUAGCAUAAUCUUCUGCAAAUAUCAUUCUCAUAGAAAACACCUGGCAUUUACUUCAAAGGGCUAGGGAAACGGAAGAUACAGCUUUAUAUACAAAAGAGGUUAUGAAAAUUUAGAUGUGUACAUUUUCGUUUAACGUACAUACAUACUUAUAUUAAACAUUUAUGGAAUAAAUGAAUGAAUGGAAUUAAAACUAUAUCAGAAGGUUACUAAAAUAGAAGAUUGAAUAAAGUUUUAAUAUCUUUAUUUCAAA